AUGGUUGUAUGGUAUACCUGUUGUAUUGGUUUGCUGAACACCAACAGCAUGACGCCAAGCAAUGAACAAGGUUUUCCUAGGUUUCUAAGGUGGAUAAUAGGUGACAUCAACAAUACAAUAGAGAAAGACAUUAAUGAAGCUAUGAAAAAGAUGCAACCCGGAUGGGUAAAAGCUUGCAGUGAUGAACAACAACAGAUAAUGGAAGAGUACAGAAAGAACAGGCAAGAAAAUAGCAGAGAUGCACUGAAAGAAAAGUUGUACAAAACAAUACAACAAAGAGAUGAAGCAUUGGAAAAGCUUUCUGACUUGAAGGUUAAACAUUUGAAGCUUGAGGAGGAGGAAGGUGAGAAAGGUGAGAUAAGUGGCAAAGUUGAUGAUGUGGAUGACAGUGAUGAUGAUGAUGAUGAUAGUGAUGAUGAUGAGGAAGAUGAGAAAGGCAAGAGAAGUGUCAAAGCUGGUGAUGUGGAUGGCAGUGAUAAAGAGCAGGAGGAGGAGGGUAACGAGGAGACUAACAUAACAACAAAUGCAGUUAAGAGUGAAUAUGCUACUAACAGUACAAUGAGACUAACAGUUGAAACUGCAAAUUAA